AUGAUGGGCGGAGCCGAUACAGGAGAGCAUUCGACGGCCGCGAUGGGACAAGGCGACUACUCCCUCACCGAAUUCGCUCACCGUCUCGCACAAACCGAAGCGAAAUAUGGGAAGGAGAUUCUGGAAAUCAUCGAAUGUUUCACAAAUUCCAGAGUGGAUUUACCGGUAAAGAAAUUGGAGGAGCUAAGCAGAGCCCGAAUGAAAUGUGCGCGACAUCUAAGAAAGAUGGAUUUCAAAAAAGAGGAAUAUAUUAGUUUAUGGAAACUGUGCAAUAUCUACUCGGCUACAGCAGUAGAUGUUGAUGAUGCAAUGCGUGAAAUUCGUGGAGCUAUUCGUAAACGUCUAAAACCAAAGGAGACUUCCAGAGACGUGUCUGCGUUUCGACGUCUAAUCGACGAGUAUCGUCCUUCAAGAAAAAACGACCAUCAACAGGAGAUCUACGACAAACCAACCAGUAAAGACAAGCAACGAUGGCGUGAGCUGACGAUGUUCGGCCGAAAAAAAGACAAAGAUCAUCAAUUCAACGACGACUACGCAACGAUAAAUCGUAAGCCGAGAAUAGCUACUGCUCAGCCAGAGCCGAAAACAAGGAGCAACACACUCAGCAUCACCGUACCUGCGCUUGACGUACAAACUAAAACCGAUUCAAACGGCACCGCGAAUAUCACCAUGAAUCGUUCGCAACGAAUUCGUUCACCACCACGACCACCACCACCACAUGCACCACCACCACCGCCAUCCAUAAGACCACCAGAAAUCUACGACGGUCAACUCGCCAUGAAAUUAGAGAAGAUCUCUUCGAAUUCGACAUAUCAAGGAGAUGUAAUAAGUUCUGAGCAGCGACAGAACUGCCCUCCUAUACCGAAUCGACCCGGGCAAGCUGGACGAGAAUCGGCAAAGCCGACAUGUGUACAUUUUGAUGAACCUCACUGUAAAAUUAUGCCGACAGCGCUGGAAACAGAAACAACCUCAUCCCGGCAAAUUUCUCCGGGUACUUUGUACAGACCUACUGCUCCGCCUAGGCCUAGUGCUCCGAGGACAAAAGUGAUCACUGUUGAUACUAGUGAUAGUCUUUCAAAUCCUGGUAUAUUACCGCCAUUGGAGGAUGACUGUGCAGUAUUUCAAUUAUCUCACACAACGAUUGCAAUUCUACCCAGUCCAAAGCUACCGCCCACAAGAAUGCAAAUCGGUGAAAUCAACAAAGACGGAUCGGAGAGCACGACAUUAGAACGAUGUGGUGGAGGUGUGCUUGCCCAACGACAUUCAAUUAAAAUCGACAGUAACACUGUAGUACAGUCAGAUUCUGUGAGAACAGGCGGGACACGAAUGGCAAACGCGUCAGCUGGUGAACAUGCUGUGAUCAUCAACCGUUUGUAG